AUGAGACGCCGAGUUCAGAUAUAUCUGGUGUUUCUCCUCGGAUCGAUUUUAUUCCCCGACAAGACAUGUGAUCGGGUGAAGCCGUGGUGUAUGCACGUGCUCGAGGAUUCAGUGCUUGAUCAGGUUGGCACGUAUUCGUGGGGUUCGGCCUGUUUGGCCAAUCUAUACAAAGAGUUGGGUAUAUGCAGCCGAGCACAAUCGAGGAGCUUAGUGGGUUGCACCACCCUUCUUCAGUGCUGUAUAUACGAGUAUUUCCCGAGAUUCCAGCCGUCGGAGGAGAGCGAGCGGUACCGCAAGUUUCAGCCUCGAUGCAAGAGGUGGAACGCGCCACAAAAAGCGGGCACGCUCGAGCAUAUUCGAGGUUUACUCGACAAUAUGACAGCGGAUGAUGUCGAGUGGCUACCAUAUGGUCGGGAUAUACACGAGAGUAUCCCUCGUACGUUGUAUCAUGGCACGAUCCAGUACAUGUGGGUCGUAGAGCCGUAUAUGCCUGAUCGUUGCGUCCGACAGUUCGAGUGGGCUCAGGAUAUUCCGCGCGGCUUGAUUCCAUCGAUGGAGCCAUGUUCACGAGGUCCCAAAGGAGGUACAUCGUACAAAGUCAACUACCCAUUUCCGGAUGGUAUGUGGGACAUGGUCCAGGCUCAUUUCAUUCGUGCCAAUGUAUACAAGACGGCACGACAACGGGGGGAAGUCGACGAGCACUACAUGGAGUGGUACACCGAUCGGACUCAUCUGAAGAUCAACAACCCCGACGUAGGCCCGACUCCACUGCAUCGAGAGAAUGUGAGGCCACCAGAUCAGUCGGCAGAUAGUACGUGCAUCGUACCCUAUCACCAGGAGCACUAG